CCCCUCGCUCCUGCGACCAGCUCAGAUCAGAGACACCGGUAACAGUCUGUGGAUUAAGACCUGGAGGAUCCCGACUUUCCACGGAGACGAACCACCUCCACCUGACUCCCACGUCCUCUCACAGCCGCCGAGAGCUCCUCCAUCUUCCUCCACUUCUCCUCCAGACUCCGCGGAAGCCGGGGAGCCGAGCCAGCGCAGGAACAUGUCCGUGGUGGGCUUCGACCUGGGCUUCCAGAGCUGCUAUGUGGCCGUGGCCCGGGCGGGAGGCAUCGAGACGGUGGCCAACGAGUACAGCGACCGAUGCACGCCGUCAUUUGUAUCGUUUGGACCACGAAAUCGAUCCGUAGGAGCAGCUGCAAAAAGCCAGGUGGUGACCAACUGUAAAAACACGGUGCAGGGCUUCAAGCGAUUCCAUGGCAGGGCGUUCUCAGACUCCAGUGUCCAGGCAACCAAGUCUAACUUGGUGUAUGACUUGGCACAGAUGCCCUCUGGAUCCACUGGAAUUAAAGUGAUGUACAUGGAAGAGGAGCGGGUGUUCAGCAUCGAGCAGGUCACCGGCAUGCUGCUGACCAAACUGAAGGAGACUGCUGAGAGUGCACUGAAGAAACCAGUUGCAGACUGUGUGAUCUCUGUCCCGAGUUAUUUCACCGAUGUAGAGAGGAGGUCAGUUAUUGAUGCAGCUCAGAUCGCAGGCCUCAACUGUCUCCGACUAAUGAAUGAGACCACUGCAGUGACUCUGGCAUAUGGAAUCUACAAGCAGGACCUGCCGGCUCCAGAAGAGAAGCCCAGGAUAGUGGUGUUUGUGGACUUGGGCCACUCUGGUUACCAGGUGUCAGUUUGUGCCUUCAACAAGGGAAAGCUCAAGAUCCUGGCUACAGCAUUUGAUGCAGAGCUCGGUGGGAAGGACUUUGACGACAUCUUGGUCAACCACUUCUGCGAGGAGUUUGGAAAGAAGUACAAACUGGACGUCAAGACCAAACCCCGGGCGCUGGUGAGGCUGUACCAAGACGUUGAGAAGCUCAAGAAGCUGAUGAGCGCCAACUCCUCCGACCUGCCCCUCAACAUCGAGUGCUUCAUGAACGACAUCGACGUUUCCGGCAAACUCAACAGAGGUCAGUUUGAGGAGAUGUGUGCGGGGCUGCUGGCCAAAGUAGAGGGUCCCCUGCGCAGUGUCAUGGAACAAGCCAAGAUGAAAAAGGAAGACAUCUAUGCAGUGGAGAUCGUCGGUGGCGCCUCCAGAAUGCCCGCAAUCAAAGAGCGAAUCAGCAAAUUCUUUGGCAAAGAGCUGAACACCACCCUGAACCUAGACGAGGCAGUGGCCAGAGGCUGUGCUCUGCAGUGUGCCAUCUUGUCACCGGCCUUCAAAGUCAGAGAGUUCUCCAUCACAGACGUUAUCCCCUACUCCAUCUCCCUGAAAUGGAAUUCCGCCGUCGAGGACGGAGUGAGUGAUUGUGAAGUUUUCCCAAAGAACCACGCAGCUCCCUUCUCCAAAGUUUUAACCUUUUACCGGAAAGAGCCGUUCACCCUCGAAGGCUACUACAACAACCCGAAGGAGCUGCUGUGCCCAAGCACCGCUAUAGGUCAGUUCCAUAUCCAGAAUGUGGUUCCGCAGGCGUCUGGUGAGAGUGCAAAGGUCAAGGUGAAGGUUCGGGUCAAUGUCCACGGUGUGUUCAGCGUAUCGAGCGCGUCCCUCGUAGAAGUCAUAAAAACAGCUGAAGGCGAGGAGCCAAUGGAGACGGACCAGACAGUGAAGGAAGAGGAGAACAAAAUGCAGGUGGAUCCGGAGGAUCAGAAACUUCAGGCCGGAGACAAUGGAGAGAAGAAGGCUGAGACAGAGGAGAUGGAGACGACCGAGGAUACCAAGCAGGAGAAGAAGAACGACCAGCCCCCGCAGGCCAAGAAACCCAAAGUGAAAACGAAGACAGUGGAGCUGCCCAUAGAGAACAAUUUGCACUGGCAGCUGUCCACUGAUGUACUAAAUUUGUUGGUGGAGAAUGAGGGUAAAAUGAUCAUGCAGGAUAAGCUGGAGAAGGAGAGGAACGACGCAAAGAACUACGUAGAGGAGUAUGUGUACGACAUGAGAGACAAACUGCACGGCACCCUGGAGAAGUUUGUGAAUGAAGCUGAUCGUGAUGUGUUCUCAUUGAAACUGGAGGAAACAGAGAUCUGGCUGUAUGAAGACGGAGAGGACCAACAGAAACAAGUUUAUAUCGACAGACUGGCUGAACUGAAGAAACUUGGUCAGCCGAUCCAAGAAAGAUUCAUGGAGGCUGAGGAGAGGCCAAAAGCAUUUGAUGAUUUUGGCAGACAAAUCCAAAUGUACAUGAAGAUCAUUGAAGCUUACAAGGCAAAGGAUGAGCAGUACGAUCACCUGGAUGAGCUUGAUGUGACUCGAGUGGACAAGCAGGUGAACGAAGCCAUGGUCUGGAUGAACAGCAAGAUGAACCAGCAGAAAAGUCAGGACCUCAACCUGGACCCAGUGGUAAAAGUUCAGGAGAUCAAGUUCAAGACUAAGGCGCUUUACUCAGCCUGCAACCCUGUGAUGUCCAAACCCAAGCCCAGGGUGGAGCCUCCUAAAGAGGAGAAGACAGAGAACGGACCAGUCAACGGGCAGGAGCCGACCGAGAGUCAGCCAUCCAGUCAAGACAAAGCCACACCUGCAGGGACGGAACAGGAAACGGCAGAGACCAAGCUCCCUGAAAUGGACAUUGACUAAGUGUUGCGGCUGCUACCCGAGCUUCACCUCCGUCUGUCCUGCUUCUCGCCUCUGGUUACGUCGUUCUUCUGAGAUUGUGAUUGAUGACACAGCAGCAUCUCUCUUCUGGAGACAGACAGCAGCAUCUCUAAUCAAUACAGUUCAUACGUCAGCCUCCUCAUCAUGUCGUUUCUCAUUUUCUUCAGAACACAAAUAUCACGCAUAAUAUUAAUAUUGAAUGGGAUUAUUUUAUGACAUAAAAGUUGUGAGUGUGGGAUUAAAAACUGCUUCUUCUGUAUUUCUUUGUUUUAAUCAGCAGCUCCUGAGGACAUUUAAGCACCGAAUGUUCAGUAGUUCUGGGAAACUAGUAAUAAACACAGGAUUCUUGAAAUUGUAAAAUAUAAUGGCAUGUCUCAAUACAGUUUAGGUACAGUGGCACUUGUAAACGAACGUGGAUUGUUCCAAAUUGUACAUUACAUUUUUUUCACAACCAAUAAUUGUAACUGCUGGAAUGUCAUGUAUUUAGUUUAAGAGGAAAGACUGAGUUUUUGUGUUUACUUGUACUGUUUGUUCGAACUAGAUACUACAAGUCACCGUCAUGCAGUAUAUAAUCGUUUGGCUUUUUCUCAUUUAAGAGCAAUGGUCCAUUGGUUGUUUUCUGGUAGCCUUGUAUUGCUUUUUUCUACCCAACUGUGAAUGCUGGUCUAACAAAUCACCUUCUGGGUGCUGCUGUUGUUGCCACAUCACAAAAAACUAAAAUAAAUCAAAUUAAGAAAAGCAUAUGAAUUAA